UUAAAACCUAAAUUAAUAAAACCAGCCACAGGAGUUUGGUGCAAAAUUAUAUUUUCUCUGCUUAUUAUAUAUAGUUUAUUUAAUGGAUUAAUAUUUGUAAUUGGAUACGAGGUCGUAAAGACAUCAAGCUUAUGUUGUCGCAGUUUAGCACGUGUCCCCACGCCUUCUAAAGAAGAUUCACCAAGAUCAAAAAAACAUCAUUGUACUUAUGGUAGUCAACCAUAUUAUUAAAAUAAUAUCUGAAAUAUAAAUUGGCAAUGGAUAUCAAAAAGUUUGAACGUGUAAUAAAAAUUAAUUCUAAUACAGAGAUUUUAAAUGCAUCCGAUUGUUCGUGUACUAAUUGCGAUACUCUACGCUGUUUCACAAAUAUCACAAAAAGGAACCAAAAUAUUAAUGAAUGUACUUGCGGAAAAUAUAAUAAUUCUAAAACGACCCUUGUUUAUUCAAAUCAAAAAGUAAAUAUUAAUAAUAGCAUGUCUGAUGUUUCUAUCGAAAUAAAAGAUGAUGAUGAUGACACAAAGGUGACAAAUGAUGGAGGAGAACCAAAAGUGUUAAUAGAUAUUAUAUCUAGCAUGAUUAAAGGUGACGAGAAACUAAAAGUAUCAAUAAAUAAGAAGGAACGGUUCAAAAAAGAAAUCAUUUAUGAAUAUAAUAAUAAUAAGAAUGACAUUCAUAUAACAAAAAAGAAGUCUAAAUAUAUAUAUAAAAUUACGAAAUCUAAAGAUAAAAUUAAUAAUGUCAAUGAUAUUAAUGAUAAACCAUCUGCUCAAAUUUGUACUGGUACUCCGACUUAUUCUCGUAAAGAAAUAAGUCCAAAUACUGCACAGUUAAGUGCUCAAAUUAUAAAUAAGCCAUUCAAAGAUUUAAAAAAAUCUGUUUCUAAUUAUCAGUCUGAAAAAGUAAUAAAGAAAAUGUCUAAAUAUGAUAUUUUUAAGCGUAUAAAAGAAGUUUAUAAGGCAUGUAGUUGCAAAGUUUGUAAAUGUAUUGUCGGUAAAUCUUUUCAAAACAGUAACGAACAAUGCAAAUGUGCUCCUUGUGAAUGCAACGAUUGUAUCAAUUUCAUUAAAAUCUUGACAGAUAAAGAAAAUAUUAAAAAACAAUCCCCAAUUGUCUGUCCAUGUAUUCGCUGCGAAAGAAGUCAAUGCAAGGGCAUUAUAAAUUCUAAUGUAAUUCAAAGUUGUGAUUGUAAACCUUGCGAUUGUAUUCAAUGCAUUGACAAUUUAUCAAAGUUUUGUGACUGUGAACCGUGUCAAUGUCUGGAAUGUAAAACAAUGCCUAAAAAGAAAAUCAGGACCAUAGUAGUAGCACCGGUAGGAGAAGAUAACCAAGGCAACAAAUCUCAAUUCUCUCCUUGUGAUUAUACAGAACGCAGUCAUGGUUUUCCAUUAUCUACGAAUUUAAUGCACGAGAUGUCAACUGGUAUGAGCAGGCAUAACAAUUGUCGUUGCGAAAACUGUCUUCAGCAAACUUGUGGAAUGGAUGACAAUGAUAAUUGCAUUUGUGACAGAUCAAAUAAAGUUAUAAGAAAACAAGUACAACAAGAUUUUCAUGAUUAUGAUAUUCGGUAUGUUUCAGUUAAUAAUAAUACACGAAUUCCAAGCUAUUGGAACAAUCCUUCUAAAAAUAAUAUCAAAAACGCAAUGUCAAGUAAUUUUAGAGGAUUUAAUAUAACUAGAGAUGUGUCUUCAUAUUUUAAUGAGGACGCUAGUAGUACACCAGAGGAUUUUUUUAAAAGAAAAUUUGUACUACCUUCAUUUAUAAGUUCCUGUAGUAACUCUGGCUACGACAAUGCUAUAUAUCAUCCAAUCAAAUUACCUAAAAAUACUGUUGAAACUUGUAUUAAUGAUGUAUUUAAAUUCAAUUCGAAUAAAAAUAUAAACUAUAAUCGAAUUAAUAUGACUUCUAGAUCAAUUAACAACUCUCAAACUCUAUCGGACUAUGGGACAAUUACUAAUAAUAUUGUAGAUUUAAAGCAAUACGAGAAUAAUAAUGUAUGCCAAUACAAUACUGGAUUUACUAGGCUUAAUACUCGUGACAUGAAGAAUUUUAUUGAUUAUAAAAGGGUAUAUAAUUCAUUACGCGAAGCUAAAGUCUUUUCAUUAGAAUUAAAUAAAAUUUUAGAGAAAUAUGAGAGAGCUAAUAGGGAUUUUCAAAGUAUAUCACAAAGACUUAAAUCAAUACAUGAUUAUAAUAUAAAUGAUCAUAUAGUUAAAAGUAAUAAAAAAGAUUGCUAUCAGCAAGUAACUUCGGAAAUGGCACAAAAAGAAAUUGAUACAUAUGAACAAACUAUUAAUAAUGAUGAAAGAAGUUGUGUAAUAAGUAUUGGUAAUGAAAAAAAAGAUAACUCAUUUGAUUUCACUAAUGAUAUUCAUUUGAAAAGUAAAAUAAUUCCUAAUGCUACAAAUGAUAGUUUUAAUUCUAUUCCUAAGAAUACUAUAAUGAUAUCGAAUAGUUUUGAGGUAAACGAAUAUAAUGAUGAUAUUGAAGAUAAACAGAUGUUAAUUAAUUUUAUUGAUAACAAUAACUUAUAUAACGCACCAAAUUGUUUCAAAACAAAAGAAGAAAUAUUUAAAUCACAGACUGUUAACGUAGACCACAAGACACAAACUAUUAGUAAUAAUAAUGAAAAUACAUAUAAAUUUAUGACACAAUCUGUAGUUACAAAACAAAAUAGUUUUGCAACAAGUUCUAGUUCAAACAGUUACAUUCAAGCUGUGGGUGUUAAAUCAAGUACUACUACAGAACAAAAUAGUUUUUUUAAAGAUUGUUCAAUAACCAGUAAUAAAAUCGAUAUAAACAUAGACAAUCAAACUAAAUGCGAAAUACCAAAACGUAAACAAAAAUUACAUGACAUAAGUAAAGAAGCAUUACCGGCACUGGCAAAUGAGAUAACCAUUAAUUUGAAGAAUACUGCAAGGAAAGAGAUUGAAUUUGCUGUAAAUAACGUCAAAAAAACGAUGGUAAAGGAUGAAAAUAUGCCAGCAUCUACACAAACAGAACGUCACAACAUUACUGUUAGGGUUAAAAAAGAAAUUAAUUGCUCCAGUACUGAAAUUAAACGGGAAUGUAAACAAAAAUCAUUGAACCAACAAUUCUUAUUGAAGAGUGGUAAAAGUUCAACUGCCCGCCAAUGUAAUCAUGUUAUUGAAGAAUCUAGAAGUAAUUACGAUGCCUUAAAAGCGAGCUUCUUGCGAGUCAGAAGAGUUUCAGAUCACACUGUUCUAGUGAAAUGGAAUGUGCCUCAAGUAAUAAAGGAUGUACAAGGAUACGAGUUGUUGGUUGACGGGCGUGCUGUUCAGAAAAUCUUUAGUCCAGUUCACAGUAUGGCAGUGGUGACAUGUCUACCUCACAGCAAUAAAGUGUUGCUCACUAUAAGAACUAUCACUACAUCUGCAUCAGAAUUACCAGCAUCUUCUAUUGGAGCAGUAUGGUUUAAAUCCAGACAAAAAAUAUAGCGUCGAGCAGUGGAGGCAAUUGAGAAAAAUCUUAUGGAGUAGCAGCGCUAAGGUUGAGAACAGUUCCCAGUGUGAGACUCAAGAGGAAAAAUGUAAUGGUUCCUGCUCAUGUUGAGACGGUAGAUGGCUCGCAGUGGCAGAAUAUAGAUAAUUCUGAUGAAAAAGACAAAUAUAUCGGAUAUAAUAUAG